AUGGGGUUCGGUCAAUUCGACACAAUAUGUGAGAAGGCAUCCGUGCCUUUGUGCUCCUUGGUGGGCCCCGCGUCGACAAUCUCCGGAUCAACAGGCAUCAUAUCCAACUGCUAUGCGCGGAAUAUUGAGCUUGCGAAUACCAUAAUCUUCCAGGGUGCCGCAUCCUUCAUGCAUAUCAUGGCACUUAGCAUGACAGUGAUCAUGAUCUUGCACGUUCGAUCCAAGUUCACUGCUGUCGGCCGCAAAGAGAUCAUCACCUUCUUCUAUAUCUACCUAGCUCUGACACUUUUCUCUCUUCUUAUUGAUGCAGGUGUCGUUCCUCCAGGGAGCGAUCCAUUCCCGUACUUCGUGGCUGUUCAGAACGGCUUGGUAUCCGCACUAUGCACCUGUCUUCUCGUCAACGGGUUUGUCGGCUUCCAGCUAUACGAAGAUGGUACAGCCCUCUCGGUGUGGUUGAUUCGAGUCCCAUCCGCAGCGAUGUUCGCUCUUUCGUUCGUGAUAUCGCUGGCGACUUUCAAGUCAUGGGGUUCUAUGGGCCCCCAGAAUACCACGGGUUUAUUCGUCGUGCUAUACCUGCUGAACGCCAUAUCUAUCGCUGUGUACCUGGUCAUGCAAUUACUCCUAGUUGCGAACACACUGGAUGACCGCUGGCCACUCGGCCAUAUCUCCUUCGGUGUGCUGGUCUUCAUUAUUGGACAGGUUCUCUUGUAUCAGUUCAGCGAUGUCAUCUGCAACAACGUUCAGCAUUACUUGGACGGACUUUUCUUCGCCACAUUCUGCAAUCUCCUUGCUUUCUGGGACUCGAUUACCAAGGAAGAUCUGGAGUUCUCCGUCGGCGUCAAGCCAAAUACCUGGGAGGUUAAGGAGCAUCUAUCUGAGGAAGAGCGCCGCGCUACAAUCUACCCCGACAAUAACUCCGAGUAUGCGGGCAGCAUGUACCAUCGCUCUUCGACGUACGGUCAUCAUAAUUAUUGA